UUACAGUUCAACGUCGCUCCAUGUGUGACAUAAUAUAGCUUUAGACGCUUUAUACACGUAAUAAAUGAUUUCUUAAAAGGAACCAGUGAGGAGAGUGGGCUGUAAUGUGACACAAAGAACUGUCAAGAAGGGGAGGGUCCCACUACAGCAGAGGUGAAAAAGCCCACGAGUUGUUCUCCAAUGACAGAGCGCUGUUCUUACAUUUGCCUUUUACCAAAGUUGUACAUUCGGGGUCCUCCUCCAACGUGGCGGAGUCGAAGAGAGGGGUAAAAAUAUUGCAAGGGGGGUCUGAACGACUGGAUUAUUAAGUGAAUCGAUAACACCGAGCCUGCCAGUCGAAGAUUAGCGGUUUAAACAAAACAAAAACGACCACAGGGAAUCUCCCCCUGAAACCAGCUGCGAGAUGGAGAAGCCGCCCUUGCCCAGUGAUGAGAAUGGGAGUGUAUUGGCGGAGAGCCGGUCAGACAUGACUUUGGUGUCUGCAGAUGAUGAAGGGUCUGCGGGCGCUGAUGGCCAGGAGGAUGACAGGCCAGCGUGGGACAGUAAACUGCAGUACGUUCUCGCUCAAGUGGGCUUUAGCGUUGGAUUGGGCAAUGUCUGGAGAUUCCCCUAUCUGUGCCACCAAAAUGGAGGAGGUGCGUUUAUGCUACUAUAUGUGAUGCUGCUGUUGAUAAUCGGGGUACCUCUGUUCUUCAUGGAGCUUGCAGCUGGGCAGAGCAUCCGGCAGGGCAGCAUCGGGGUCUGGAAACACAUAUCACCUCGUCUCGCCGGCAUCGGUUACUCCAGCUGCAUGGUUUGUUUCUUCGUGGCACUUUACUAUAAUGUGAUCAUUGCCUGGUCUCUGUUCUAUAUGGGAAAUUCAUUCCAGUAUCCGUUGCCUUGGGAACAGUGUCCUGUAGAUAUGAUCUCAAAUCAGACAGUGAAGGAAUGUGCUGCAAGCUCUCCUACCUCAUAUUUCUGGUUCAGGAAGGCUCUGGAUAUCUCAGACUCCAUAGACCAGUCAGGAGAGUUUAACCCCAUCAUGACCGGCUGUCUUCUUGCCGCUUGGGCUAUAGUGUGUCUCGCCAUGAUCAAGGGCAUCAAGUCUUCUGCCAAGGUGAUGUAUUUCUCCUCUGUGUUCCCUUACGCGGUGCUGUUCUGUUUUCUCAUCAGAGGCCUCAUGCUGGACGGAGCGAUAGAUGGCAUCAAAUAUAUGUUUUAUCCUAAGCUGGAGAUUUGGGGGGAGGUGCAGGUGUGGCGUCAGGCUGCCACUCAGGUCUUCUUUGCUCUGGGUCUGGGUUACGGCUCUGUGAUCGCAUAUUCGUCCUACAACCCUAUUCAUAACAACUGCCACCGUGACGCCAUCAUGGUCUCUGGCAUCAACUUCAUGACCUCAGUGCUGGCCUCUCUGGUUGUCUUUGUGGUCCUUGGUUUUAGAGCCAAGAACAUCGCUCUGGAUUGUGUCGCAACGAAUGUGGCCAGAAUGGCAGAAAUGGCACAGACCGGCUCAUCUCAGCAUUGGCAGCCAUUAUUCAACAUGUCCGACCCUAGAUCAGUGGCUCUUCAGGACUACAGGCAAUGGUACAGCAGCUACGGAAGCCUGCUAGGACCUAAUAUCACCGACUGUGACCUGGAGAGAGAAAUGAGCAAGGGAGUGGAGGGAACUGGUUUGGCGUUUAUAGCGUUUACUGAAGCGAUGGCCUUGUUUCCUGCAAGUCCGUUUUGGUCGACGCUGUUCUUCCUCAUGCUGCUGAAUUUGGGCCUGUCCACCAUGUUUGGCACCAUGCAGGGGAUUCUGACCCCGCUCAUGGACAACUUCCGAGUACUGGGACGCCACAAGACCAUGCUGACGGUGUGUAGCUGUAUUCUGGGCUUCUUCAUUGGUCUGCUCUUCACUCAGAGGAGUGGCAACUAUUUUGUGACCAUGUUCGAUGAUUAUUCUGCCACGCUGCCACUGAUCAUCGUUGUCAUUUUUGAGACCAUCAGCGUGGCAUGGAUUUACGGUGCAGAUCGGUUCUUGGAUGAUGUAGAGGUGAUGCUACACUGGCGCCCUCCGGUGGUUUACCGUUAUUUGUGGAAGUACGUGUGUCUGCUCGGCAUGGUGGGUCUGCUGGCUGCUAGUCUUCUCCGCAUGGUCUUCAAACGACCCACGUACACCGCCUGGAACCACACCACGGGCUCUGAAGCCAGUCUGGAGUAUCCCGGAUGGGCUCUGGUGGUGCUCUCCAUGCUGAUCAUCGUGGCAUCUCUCCCAGUGCCCAUUGGCUACCUUCUGUCCUUCCUCCGAGGCGGACUGAACCUUCCAGUGGAGGAGGGAGAGAUCCAGCCUCCGAGAGAACGAUACUCCAAAUGCAGUUCAGCCGAGCCGGAGCCAAACCACCAUCACUGCCCGCUGGACCAAGAGCGAAAUCGGCCCCACUCCGCCUUCUUGACACUGGCUCCCGAACACUACAGCCUGCUCUCGCAACAGGAGGAUGGAGAGGAAGAGGAAGACACCGGGGUUUAGGGAAAUACUGAAGAUUCAAUAUUUAUUGAUCAGCAUUUGGAGCUGUUUGAUGGAGAGGAGGGAGGCGGACUCCAUUUAUUCUCAUUAUGCUAAUGAACAUUCGUAAAAAACAUGUGUCAACUGUGCGGCCCUAUUUAAGAGGGACACUUUAUGCAAGCGCAACACUCAUUAGCCCCUUUCACACAGUGAAUUGCAAUCAAAUUACUUGAUUUUAUCAUUUUUUUAAGGUAAUUUGGUUUUUAAAAACAGCUAAAUUCUGGAAAAUCAUUGGUAAUGUUACAAUUUUCAUUCCAUAAAAUUGGCGGAAAAUAUUUUCCAGUAUUUUUUAUUAUUGUUUUUUAGAGGGUCUGUUUACACAUGAUCUCCUGAUGUUAAUUUACCAAUAAUUUUCCAGAAAUGUGCAUAUGUGUGAAAGGAGCUAAUGAAUUGCUUUGUCAUUUGUGUGUUUUAAGUAAAGCCCUACACCAAAAGUGCCUUUUAAUGAGUAUAAACAUUUCAGUCUAGAGAUGUAACGAUUCACUGCGAGCCAGUUGAAAAUGAUGCUAGAAAAACAUGGAUAUGCUGAUCUUUCUUUAAAACUAAAAUAAUCCAAGCUAAGAAAAAGCGCAGACAAAAUAUUAGUUAAUUAAAUAAAGAUGCAAAAUUUUAUUUGUUUAAUUUUUUUAUUAUUUAAAAAAAACAUUUUAAUUUGACCAAAUUAAGUUAAAUUUGACAAGGAAAUGUACAGCAUUUGAGAAAUAAUAAAAGGGCACUAGGUCAUUUCUAAAUUGCUUAAAACAAAAUCAAAUCAUGGGAUCAGAAUCGCGAAAUGUGAGUUGAGUGAAUCGUGACAUCUGUAUGUAAAUGUUAUGUGAGGUUACAGAUUUUCAAGCCUGAUCUUAUGGUCAAUGCAUUGGCAAAUUAGUGGCUAAUACAUACUAAUUGGUCACAUUAAAAUGUAUAAUUUUUUUCAAGAAAGUCUGUCUCUAAACAUAACUGUUAUUGGGGGUGUGACAUCCAGUUGGCUUUUCCAAAGAACAAGAUGUUACCUUUCUGAGCUAUUAGAGUGAUUAUAGCUGGCUAGAUGUGUAAGAAAAUAUCAGAUUAGCAGAAUUACUAGAAUACUAAUAUUUUAAAAUCUUACUUUUUCCCCAUAAGAAAAUUACAUUUAGAGGUUAACAUUUUUAUUUGAGGAUCACUCUGUUUGCCAUUUAUUAUUAAGUUGGUUGAAAUAUAAAAAAUAGAUCUUUCAUAUUAAUAGUAGAGUUGUUUAAAGUUCUGACAUGAAUUAAGUAUGUUACGUUUGUAGUGUUCAGUGACAAAAUGUAUAUUUUUAGAAAAGCCAAAGCCUUUUUAACUAUUGUAAUAUCAAAUGUUUUUCACUCUCUGACCAUACAAGAUGUGUAGGAAGAUUUGUUUAGUAGAGCAUUAACAACGAUUUAUAGCUGGAACUGUGACCUUUGAUACUUUGAUUCUGAAAGUACUGGUAUCUGUUGACCAGCAUUUUUAAGGACCACAGUUUCUGCUAGAUGUUCUUUUAACAAAUGAAAGUCACCUCCAUCUUUGAUAGCCUGAAGAUGAGUAAAGAAACUAUUACUAAACGAUCACGUUAACGCUACAACACAUCAUUUAUUCAUCCACUCCAAAUACUACAGAUUCUAUGCUUUUACAGUUAAAGUCAGAUUUAUUAGCCCCCCUGUUUAUUUUUCUCCCCAAUUUCUGUUUAACGGAGAGAAGAUUUCUUCAACACAUUUCUAAACAUAAUAGUUGUAAUAACUCAUUUCUAAUAACUGAUUUAUUUUAUCUUUGCCAUGAUGACAGUAAAUAAUAUUUGACUUGAUAUUUUUAAGACAUUUCUAUAUAGCUUAAAGGGACAUUUAAAGGCUUAACUAGGUUAAUUAGGUUAACUAGGCAGGUUAGGGUAAUUAGGCAAGUUAUUGUAUAAUGUUGGUUUGUUCUGUAGACUAUCGAAAAAAUAUAUAGCUUAAAGGGGCUACUAAUUUUGAAUUUAAAAUGAUGUUUAGAAAAUUAAAAACUGCUUUUCUUCUAGCCGAAAUAAAACAAAUAAGACUUUCUCCAGAAGAAAAAAUAUUAUCAGACAUACUGUGAAAAUUUCCUUGCUCUGUUAAACAUCAUUUGGGAAAUAUUUAAAAAAGAAAAAAAAUUCUAAGGGGGGCUAAUAAUUCUGACUUCAACUGUAUUUUGUUUUUCUUUUUAAAUUAUUGUUAUUUUCACCCCACAGUUUAACUGGUCUAACACCACAGAAGUAUUAAAAAUAGAUUAAUAGUCCUUAUGCUGUUUGCCACCAUGCUGCUUAAGUCAAUUACACUGAAUGUGUUUUUUUUUAUGGUGAGACGUGCCUUUUUGAAAUGGUUUUCUAUUGGCAGUGAGCAUUUUGCAUGCUGUUUAUGCAGCCCGGAUAGCUUGCAUUCUAACUGAAUCACAUUAAAACUGAGCGCUCUGUGCACAUUUAGUUGAAAAAAGUCAACACUAUGUGUAAAAAGAGCCCGAGAUGUCAUGCGCUCCAGCACCAAGACUGAUACAGUGGUUGCUGGUUGCUAAGCAACUUAAAAGUGCAGCGCACUGCUCUUUUCUAAAGUCGACUAAAAGGCAAUGCAGUGUGCCUCGCUGAAAAGCACAUUCUGUGUGAUCGACACCAAAGGAGGCAUGGAUGAACACUAAAUUGGAAGACAAAUCUGGUCAAACAUGCCGCAUUUUAAAACAUGGCUCAUAUUGCAAUUUAAGCCACAACCUUACAAUGCCAAACUGUGACUGCACCAGGAGAGAAAGCUUAACGUUCAUAUUAGGGAUGCACUGAUAGGAUAUUAUUUGGGCCGAGACUUAGACCUACUACCUAAGACCUACUACCUUAGACCUACCUAAAUGUUCACCCGAUACUGAUUUAUUUUGCUUGAAGUACUACACAAUAAAAGUGUUUUUUUCUCCAUUCAAUUUAUUUCACUGAAUAUGGAGUGAAUCCAUUUAACAUUUAACUGUCCAACUUUUUAAGAAGCACAAGAUACAAAAAAAAUAUGACAAUAUGACAAUCUUCAAAGUGUUUUAGCUAUUUAAUAAUUCUUUUGACGACAUUAACUUUUAUUUAACACAUAAUAGAACGUAUCUAUUUAAUAAGCUGAACAAAUAAAGCCAGUGCUGUUGCUAUAGGUCAGUUACACAUUUUGUUGCUCCAAAAAAAUAUUGACUCGCAGUCAAGUUUCAUUUAUUGUCCAAGACGUUUUAUCCCAAAUCAACCAGUUUUGUGCCAUCACUUAAACUGUCCACACCAGCUGCUUUACCGAUGCACAUCUGACAUUUUGUACAUAUAAUAUUUAGUUUUUUGCUGUUGAAUUUUUCAAAAAACUUUUUUAUUAUUAUCUUUAUUCCAGGGAGUUUAAAAUUAAUCCAAAAAUCGGUGCAUCCCUAGUUCAUUUAGUGCAUGGAAUGCCGUUGCCUUACUGAAAUCAGAACAAUGCAGAACCGUUUAAAUGACUGCUACACUGAUGCUCAGGUCAACUCGUACAGUUCUGUGAACACACACACAGAAGCAGCUUCACUUCGUGGUCCUUGAAUAGUUUGGGAGCGAUUUUGGUCCGUUUCGUGCUGACCAGAAAGAUUUUAGUCUAUAUUUUAGACUGAUCCACAAGAGAGGUUUUAGUCGUUAGACUGAAAAUGAAAGCUUCUUUUAUGCUGUUGUUCAUGCUUGGAUUUGUGUAAAUACAGUACAGUUGGGGGGUGUCUGCAUGCUCACUUCCCUUUGAAGUAUUCUCUUGGUUCAUUCACUUCUGUUGUAAUAUACAUUAAUUUAACAUUGUAUGCAGUAUAGUUUGGAUAUAUACGAGUGAGUGUGUGUCUGUGUGUGUGUGUGUGUGUGUGUGUGUUAAAACAAAGAUUUUGUAAUUACUAUUGCAAUUUUGUGCUAACCUAAGCAUUGCUGUAUAUCUAGUCUGCGCCAAAUAAAAAGAUAUUCCCCCCUUUA